CCGAAGCAGAAAAUUGAAAUAAUGAACGUAUACUUAAGAGGCUUUAUAAUGACUGACUUCACAGUUCUUUUGUUUCGCUGAGGAACCUUCGAAAUCCACAACACGAUCAAGUCUUCUAGAACGACUUGGAUCACCAAAAGGUGUCUUUUCCAAAGACUGUGGCGAGCGACGAGUGAUUUUGACUGACGUCAGUUGUCAUUUGUACCGGAACUUGCAGAGAUGGGCAUACCGCUACUUCCGGUGUGUUUAGUUUUAUCACAAGAAGAGACCGAGGUUGAAUUACAAUAGCGAAUAAUCAGUUGAGCCUAAUAAUUUUACCCAAACAACACAACAAAAGAAAGGAACAGAGACAUCGAAUGAUCGAAGUUGUUAAAACCGUUCACGUACCGACUUUGAUCAAUUUAUUGAAGGCAUAAUUCACUUUAAGUAUAUUCAUGAGCGCUUGAAAAGUCUUUGAAGCAGUGUAAACAUUCCGUCAUAUCGUGGAUCGGGACAUUCAAGCAGUACAGCGCAAUUGUGUGGACACAGACUGGCAUCAAACCCCUUCAUUGGCUCAUUACUGGUAGCUACCGUCUCAUGGUUAACCGCUCACAUCACAUUACGUUGAUUACGCUAUCGGGUUUACUCAUCAACAUUAGUUUGAAACUCAAAGGAAAUUCGCGGGAAAACUUGUGGUUCGACGACUUUAAAAACGCACAGCGAUUGGCACACAAGAUAAAGAAAAGCAAUUUCGCAAGUCCGCUGAUCGGAAGUUCCACGCAAGCUAAGGAAAACCGAAUCCUAUAUAAGUAGUAAAGCUAAACGCGUGAGUCCGUUGAUUCGUCCUUCAAGUUUCAUUACGAGCACGCAAUCUUAUUCAGUGAAAGUCAAAGGAAUAACUUUUUUUCUUCAAAGUGGAGGCUAUACAGGGUAUCUACCCAUGGUGUUAUAAAAAUGAAAAGUGAACGUCUAAAAGGUUUGCCACCAACUACGUCAAACUACUACAAUUCAUUUCAAGUUAAGACUCUUCCCAGAGAAACUGACUGUACUGAUUUUCCGUCUACUGUGGAUGACAGCGAUAUAGAAGAGUAUUACCCAUUUGUUAUUGGACGAGGAGCGAGUUUUAAAAUAAUAGACCCUAAAGUGUACAAACAACUGCGUAAACAUAAUAUACCACAGACUAAGCAUAUACGAAUUGCGGAAUGCGCAAAGAAAAGUUCGAAAACAAGGACUCAUGAAUCUGGACGUAAAUCUACUUCUAGUAAAAGUGCAAUAGAAAUGGAGGAUGAAUAUUGUGAACUUUCACCGCUCGCUAAGGGACCAGCUCCGUUUAUUCCACCACGUAGGACAAAACAGCCGGUCGUCGAGACCAGAGAAACUGUUAAUAGACUAACUCCUUCAAAAAAGAGAGUCCAAAACGAAUAUCACGAUCCCAAAGCAUGGAUGGUAAAAUUGAAUUCGCAAAACACUGACUCAUCCGUGACAACUAAACUUUGUGUAGAUGAUAUCAAAUCAGAGAAAGACUUGUUGAAAGGUACAGAUGGAAAUUUUACAGAACUAUUGAAUGAAAAGUCGAGAACUUAUUUAUGUGGUCAUGAUACAGAAGAAGUUGUGGAUUACGCGACUUGUAUGUGCUGUGUCAAAGGGUUCUUUUAUCAUUGUACGAAAGACUCUGAGGACGAGGGGAGAAUCGCUGAUGACCCUUGCUCCUGUAGCGGACCUUUACGAUCGUGUCUACCUCGGUGGGGUUGCCUGGCUGUUCUCUCGAUAUUUCUCCCAUGUUUACUGUGUUAUUUACCAGUCGCGGGAUGUCGAAAAGCAGCUAGUUGUAUAUCAUGUAAAAAGAAAAAAGCACAGAAAAGAAAAACUAAAUCCACUGCGAAAGAUAAGAGAACUUUGACUUUAUAAGUCAGUGCAGAGUGAUUUCUAAUGGUAAUUUUUAUAAAAUCAUAAAGUAAUAAUAGUUACUUUAUUGGCAAUUUUAAUAAGGUACUAAUUACGGAAUAUAAAGGGUUAGUAUAUAAUAUAUAUUAUAAUAUAGAUAUAGUUUAUUAAGUGAAUUUUAGCUCUAGUGGUUUGACCGUAGACAUGUUUUUUUAUGUAAUGUUGAAAUUGUAUCACACUCAAUUACUCUUGUAUUUAUAAAGUCAGCUGACAAAAAUUCGGAAUUGUAUUGACAUAGACCAUUGAUUGAUCUAUGGUUCAAAUGAGGAAUACAUUUUCACGACGCCUCUUUAGAAAAACAAGAUGCACUAACCCUUUAUAGUAAAUAUUGAUUAAAUAUUUGAAGAGCUUUUAGUAUUAAACCUUGGAUUUUGAAUGCGAUAACGCUAUAGGAAUUUACCUGUACAUACAUAUUUUUUUAUAUAAGAAAUGUUUAAGUUAUACAAAGAUGUAAUUUAUACAAGGGAUUAAUAAUCAGCUAUAUAUAUUUAUACGAAUGUCAGAAUACUAUAACGUGUAUAAAUAACAAAAUAUGAAUCAUUUAUUUUAUUAAAAAAGAUACUUAUAAUGUUUAAGUUACUUUUUUUUGCAUAAUGUAACAAUCUUAUAAAGGGAUUACACAAAUCUUGGAGAAUUAAAAUUCUUAAUACAAUCUAA